AAUCCUUUAAUUCGGAAUCAUUUUUAUAAAAAUAUGAUGACCAUAUAUACACAUUUUAUAAUUUACCCCUCCCUUUUGAUAAUUUUAUCAAAGCUUGAACUUCUUCUUUUUGGACCAAUAAAGUAUAGUGUACUAUAGGAUUUUUCUUUGAUUCUUCUUUUCAUUAUUAAAAGAAAAUAAUUUUAAAUCAAUUAGCUACAAAAUUCGUAAAAUGCAUGGAUUGAAGAGUGACGAUUUUUACAAAACCUCUGAGGAGAGGGAACAAUUUAAGAAGAACCUCGAGAAAGGCUUCAAAGUUUUGGAUUUAUUUGUAGAUUAUUCCUCUAAACUUGAAACCUCAGCAGUUUUCGGUUCAGUUUUAAACCGAGUUUGUGAGUCUGAUAAGAAAAUGUUCGAUCUCUCCAGUGUAAUAAUCGAAUUUAUGCCUGAAUUCACACCUGCCUGGAACUAUCGCAAGAGGUUUAUCCAGAAGAACCAGUCGAAUGACAAAAGCCUUCUACUAGAUUCACUUAAAAAUGAGAGGGCUUUGACGUAUGCCAGUUUAAAGAAAUCCCCAAAAAGUUAUUCAGUAUGGCAUCAUAGAUUGUGGUCAAUAGCUUCAUUAUUCAACCUAGAAGCUAAUGAUAUACUGGAAGUGCUACUUGAGGAGGUUACGUUAUGCUUCAAGCUGUUUACACAUGAUGGGAGAAACUUCCAUUGUUGGAAUUAUUUUAACUUUAUUAAACAUUAUUUAAACUUGUUGAAACCAGAAUCAGUGGAUUGGCGUAAAUUGGUAUCAGAACAGAUUUUAAAUUUGAUUAACGACAACUUCUCGAACUAUUCAGCUUGGUUCCAAAGAACAAAUCUUCCUUAUCACAAAAACUCUCUAGCAGAUGAACUAGAAUUACUUAAGCAGGCGAUAUAUACUGACCCAGAAGACCAAUCUAUUUGGCAUUACUAUGACUGGCUUCUAUUCAAACGAAAUACUUUACCCACCUAUUUGUGUUAUGUAAAUUAUAUGGAGGAUUACAAAACUUUCAACUUGUAUUUCAACGACAAUUUGAGGCUGGACACCGAUUCUACCUUUUUUUAUAAGAAUGAAUCGGUGAAGUUGAAAGGGGCUUGGAAACCUACAAAACUUAAUUUGGGAAUUUCACUUCUUUGGUCUUUCGUUGUGGACUCAGAUGAAGAUUUACAAGGAUUAUUCAAACUUGAGCUGGUUGUUUUGAACACUAGGAUUGAAUACUAUUCACUCUUGUUAAAUAAUCCUAACUUUUUUGUUAAAAAGGCUGAUAAGAAUGAAGAAUCAGGUUACAGCAGAAUUAAACUAGUUUAUGGAUUUUCUCACAAAAAUGAGGUUGACUUGGAAAGCUUAAAGGUCUAUGACGAGCAAGAUGAUGGAUUCGUGGAAAAUAAUAAGGUUUCAAAACCCAUUAAGGUCGGAAGCGAACUGUUACCAUUGGCAUCCGACGUCACCCUCGAUAUUCUAAGGAACCAAUUAAAUUUGAUAGAUGAAUUGAUAUCCUUAGAUUCUGAAAGAAAAUACCUCCUACUUACAAAGCUUAAGAUACUCGAGUAUCUUGAUGAAAAUAGAAAUGUUGAUUUAUUAUUUGAAAAGCUGGCAGCUCUGGAUCCUUUAAGGAAAGAUUAUUAUGUAUAUAUGUUAAAAGUUCAAAAAGAAAGAUUAAAGAUUAAGAAAUGUAGUUUAAAUGAAUAUAUUAAGGUCGAUUUUGGGAAUUUAUCACUAUCAAGGUUUGAUUUUAGGACUCUGCUUCCCUUUUUUGGGGUUAUAGAACUUAAUCUUAGUAAAAACAAACUAACUUCUGGAUCGUUAAGUGAUAUUUCAUCGUUCCUGCUUCUUUUGGAAGCUCUGGAUUUAUCUGAAAACAAUAUAGAGGAUUUGGAAUCAGCGCUUUAUACCCUUAGACAGUUAAAACGCUUAAAAAGAUUGAAUUUAUCUGGCAAUCCUUUAAAGGUUUUGGAUCAUGAUACUAAACUCCAGUCACAAAUAGAUCAAAUCGACAUAACCGAUACUCCAAUCUCUGAGAAUUUCACUAAAAUCUGGCCUAACGGAACGGACGGAUACUCUUUAUUAGGAUCUCAUGAAUUUAUUUUGGAAUUUCAUCGCGAAGAUUCUAAGAAUCACGCUGUUUUCAGAAAACUGAAAAAUUAACUCUAGACUCUCAUAAUUUCUUUAUUUAAUUUA